AUCCUCAACAUGGAAGAUGACCAGAACUGGUACAAGGCUGAGCUGUACGGCUGCGAGGGCUUCGUCCCCAAAAACUACAUCAAGGUCAAGCCGCACCCGUGGUACGCGGGCAGGAUCUCCCGGCACCUGGCAGAGGAGCGGCUCCUCCAGCGCAAGUACCUGGGAGCUUUCCUGAUCCGUGACAGCGAGAGCACGCCGGGCGAGUUCUAGAUCUCUGUCAACUACGGGCAGCACGUCCAGCACUUCAAGGUGCUCAGGGAGAGGAAUGGCAAAUAUUUCCUCUGGGAGGAAAAGUUCAACUCCCUUAACGAGCUCGUGGAUUUCUACAGGACCACCACCAUUGCCAAAAAGCAACAGAUCUUCCUCCGGGAUGAGGACCAGACCCAGGAGGGGAGGAGACCCAAAUUUGUGCAAGCCCAGUUCGACUUUUCGGCCCACGACGGCUCCCAGCUGCAUUUCCUCCGCGGGGACAUCAUCGAGGUCCUGGACUGCCCUGAUCCCAACUGGUGGCAGGGGAAGAUCUACGGGCGCGUCGGCCUCUUCCCUCGCAACUACGUGCACCCUAUCCACAAGUGAACUGCUGC